GCAAGCAAGCGCACGAAAAUGGAGAAGGAAGAGGAGGAAGAAGGCAACAACAGCAGCAAGAAGAGCUCGUUCGUUAUCAAAAUACCGUCCUACCAAGAAGUCCUCGAGACCGCUAAGCAAAAAUCGGCGCCGUCCUUAUUCUCUCCCUCUCCUUCCUUCUCUCAAGCCUUCUCCUACCUCAAGAACUCCGAAUUCUACGCAGCUCCCCCUCCUCCUCCUCCUCCUCCUCCUCCUGAUCCUCCUCAUACCGCCCCCUCAAGAUCGACCCAGUUUGGUUCAGACAGGCAAAUUGGAGAAUCGGAGGUUCCAUCUUCGUCUUCUUCAUCUGCUUCGGCCGUGACAUCAUCCGGAUCGGCUCCAAGUUCUGCUCAGAGUCGCAAUGCAAUCCUUGUGAGCCAUAGGCAGAAAGGAAAUCCUCUGCUAAAACAUAUAAGGAAUGUGAGGUGGAAUUUUGCGGACGUUGUUUGUGACUACUUUCUAGGACAGAACACAUGUGCACUCUACAUAAGUCUUCGGUACCAUCUGCUUCAUCCAGAUUACCUAUAUUACCGUAUAAGGGAACUGCAGAAGAAUUUCAAGCUUCGAGUUGUUUUGUGCCACGUCGAUGUAGAGGAUGUAGUUAAGCCUUUACUUGAAGUCACCAGAACUGCUUUACUUCAUGAUUGCACUCUUUUAUGUGGUUGGAGUUUAGAAGAAUGUGGUAGGUACUUGGAGACGAUCAAAGUUUAUGAAAACAAGCCUGCAGAUAUUAUUCAAGGCCAAAUGGAUACAGACUAUUUGUCACGGCUGACUCAUGCUCUUACAACAAUCAGACAUGUUAACAAGACUGAUGUUGUCACACUUGGUUCUACAUUUGGGUCUCUUUCUCACAUCAUGGAUGCAUCCAUGGAAGAUCUAGCUCGUUGCCCUGGCAUAGGAGAGCGCAAGGUAAAACGUUUGUAUGACACUUUUCAUGAACCAUUCAAGCGUGUAGUCUCCAGCUGCCCUGCUGUUCCAGAAGCCCCUGUCCAGAACAGUGGUGAACCUUUUUCAGCAAGCAAGGUACCAGAAGUUGAAAAAGAAGUGGGAGAUGCAAGCAAACGUAGAAAAGAACCUGAAUUGACUGUUAAAUCAGCCCCGUCUGCUGCUUUUGCAAAGUAUUCAGAUAAAAUUGGUGAAGAAAACAACAAACUCCAAACAGACGAGGGAGAAGAAUCAAGUAUUGCUGUGAAGGGCCUGCAAAUUGAUCAAAACAUUUCACAUUUCUGAGAUUAAUGCCGACCGUGAUGGCCUAAUGUGAUGAAAGCUCAAGUGAUUUUUUUUUUUUUCACUUCCAUUCUUUUGGGAAGAGCAUAGAUGGUGAAGCUAUAAGCUAAUCGGCAAAGCUCAUUGAACUGGUGCUCUUAUAUUCAAGAAUCCCCUUUCACCCCUCCACAAAAUUGCCCGGUCGCUUCAGAGGCUAUUACGUUUGCCUGACUUCUGGCACUUUGUAACUCUUAGAAAUUCUGCAUUGUAAUCGAAGUGUAAUUUAUGUUGCAGUUACUCCAGAAGUUUUAGCAUUGUAUGUAUCUAGAAUUACAAGUGUAUUAUUAAUCAACUUUUUUUUACAUGAGCUGGGAGAAAGCUGACCUUGUUGCGAGGUUGUUUCAUACACAAA